ACGGAACGCAGCAUCAGGCGCAGCAUAUGGAUCAUCGAUCAUCAGUAAGGAGCCUCUACUAGAAAAUGCAUUUGUUCCUGCAGUUACAGGCGUUCUUCAUCAGAAAUGGCCCUGCUCAGAAAUUCAUGUUGGAAUAGGCCUAGAGUUUUAUGAAUGCAAGAUUAAUUUCUCUGGACUCCGGACGAAAUAUUAUCUAAGGAGUUGUUACUGAAUUCUUUUGUUCGGACACUGCCAUGUCAUCGCCUGACGAGGCUGCCUACCAAAGUGGAGGGAGGGGUAACAGAGGACGAGGUCGGGGCGGAUACAGGGGAAAAGGGGGCCGUGGUGGAGGGCGUGGCGGGAGAGGACCAGAUAAUCAGCAGGAUGGAAGCGAAGGUGGUGAUGGGAGUGAUAGCAGCGGACAGCGAAGAGGACGUGGCAAUAGAGGAAGAGGGGAUAGAGGUCGAGGCGAUAGAGGAGGCGAUAGCGGUCGAGGCUAUAGAGGUCGAGGCGGUAGAGGAGGCGAUAGAGGUCGAGGCGAAAGAGGAGGUCACCGAGGGAAUCAAGGACAACAGGGACACGAAGGUGACAGUGGGGAUAAAGGAGGUAAUAAUCGAGGGCGAGGAGGUCACCGAGGUCGAGGAAAAGAGAGAGGUGGACAUCAAGGACCACAGGGCAAACCUACGGAUUACAGUGCCGGUGGUGAUUCUAUAGCAUCUGAUUCAAGACAAGACACAGAAUACAUUCCAGCCCUGAUGAAUCCUUCUGCAGGCUGCAUCCCUGGACAAACACAACGGGGUGGACCGCCCAUGAGCUACCCGUUCCCUCCGCCUCCUCCAAGGUCUCCUUUUGGAAAUCCACCCCUAAAUCAGUAUGGUCCGCGCGGACCACCCGGUGGCUUUGUACCCCUAGGACCAGUGCCUCCACCCCAAAUGAGAUAUCAAAUGGCACCUCCACCGCAAGGCUUCCAGGGUGGAAGACCACCUGGGGUUCCCCAACAAGGCCACUUCAUGAACCCCCAGCAACCGCCUCCACGGAUGCAGAAUGCAAAUGCCCAACAAAGAAAGCAAGUUCCGAUGGGUGUGGUGCCCCCGGUGCAGCAGCAACAACAGCAGCAACAACACCAACAGCAACAUCAGCAGUAUCAACAGCAAGGUAAAUGUCAGAGGAAGGAUUACAGGAAAGACCGUGGCCGUGGCCAACGCUCUCGUGGAAGACAGCGAGGAGGACCAAGGCGUCGACGUGACACCUCCGAUCAGGGAUCUGUCGUCGAUGAAUGUGAGAGCCUGGUAGGGAGUGAUGACGAUGACUGCGGAUCGAUCAUGGGUGAUGACUUCUUUGAUGAGGAUGAAGCAACAGAAAUGCUUGAUGAUCUGAAGAUCACUCCAGAUGAAGCAAAUUCAUUAGCAAAAUACCCUGACUUGCAGCUGAUGCUUAUUAAAGAAUGGAUGAUCAAGAAGCCAUCGGACAGUAUGGCAAAGCUCUUGGAAAAUAAGGGAAGUCUACAAAAACUCCUCCAUGAACGCGAAAUAUCAAAUGAGAUGUUGAAUUGUUUGAUAUCUUUGCUUACAAAGGUAUUCCAAGAGCAAGGGGAUGGUGUCCAGGAGAUUGCAAAAGCAAUCAUCAGUCAGUCAAAGUUUCUUAAGUUGCAUAUUCCUCAAUACAUCAUGCGCAUCAGGAUCAAUAUCGAGGGUGAGACUACAGAGAAACUUCUCCAGCAGACUGUAGAUUUGACAACAAUUCUGAAACAGAUUGUGCACUGUAUGACAAGAAAGCAGGCUUCUGAGAUCCUUCCACCUCUUGUCCUCAUCGGAGAUGUGCACAGAGAUAUGGAGUCAAGGAACAUACCAGUCAUUGAGUCGGCUAAAGAAGCCUUGAAGGAAUGUUUCAAGAAACAGAAGGACCUGUCUGAAUCUCCUGCAAAUGGUGUCUCCAAGAAUGCAGUAAAGAAGGAAAGGUCUAAGGAUGCACUACUGACAGAGUUUCCUUCCUCGGGAGAAAUAAAAGAGGGAUCACCUCCUGAUCUGUCUGCCCCGGCUGAGACUGGCAAAUACAAGAACACAGAAGCAAUCAUUGCAACACAGUUCCAGCUGUUGAGGGAACUAAUUGCACAGCCAAUCCGUGAAAAUGUGUCGAAGUAUUACCGUAUUCGUGAAGGAAAGAAGAAGCUGACAGACGAACACUUGCAUGAAAUACCAGUCUAUCAGUACGUGAACGUGAAAGGCAUCAGCUCAAAGGCUGACCUUGGUCUGGUCUACCUAAUGCAGUUUGAGGCAAAAUAUUUCCAACGUGAUCACUGGGACUCAAAUAUUCACUUAGCUGAAGGAUCUGUUGUAUGCAUGUCUGUUGAUCAUUUCAACACUCUCAUCUAUGGCAUUGUUCAUGAGCGGCAGUCAAGUGUACUUCAGGAAGGAUUUGUAGAUCUUUACAUGCCAAGGGCAGAAGAUGUUGCUCUGCUUCUGACCAGCUACAAUUUCCUCAUGAUUGACUGUAAGCAAACUAUAGAAGGUGUCCUAGAUGUCCUGUCAACACUGCGACACAUUACUGAUGUCACCAUGCCUAUGCAGCAACAUUUUAUUGACAUGAGUCACUCUGCUAAGCAGGCCAUCUUUUGUGAAGGAGACCAAAUUUGUUCUUAUGAUCUUGAUUCUCUGGUGUCAGAUGAUGCCCUAAACAGAUCAGCGAAAGCACAGGCAAUGAAUGUACCUCUCACAGAUUUUGACCACUGGCCCAGCAAUGAUUCUGUGCUUCUGGAUGGUAAUCAGUAUGAUGCUGUGAAAUCCGCCCUCACACAGGAACUUUCAGUUAUCACAGGUGGACCAGCCACUGGCAAAACAAAUGUAGGUCAAGCAAUUAUCAGAGUUCUCCUCCAAAAUCGUCACAAAUGGGGUGUCAAUUUAGCCGACAGAACUCUUGGCCGUACCGACGUUGAUAGUGGGCCUAUACUUGUACUUGCUCCAGAUAAAGUCACUCUUGAUCACUUCUUGAAAGGAGUAGAAAGCAAGGGUACUGUCAGCUUAGACCAGCAGAAUGAAGCAAAGAAGAGAGCAUCAACAAUUAGAAGUAGUGGUCCUGGUGGAGCAGAGCUAGAGGGAUUCCAGAAGAGAAUUUCAAACAUUCAAGCCAACAUUAUCUCUUCGCGGAAGAGCAUCAUUAACGUUGGGUCUUUGAAACAAGUCAUGAGUGCAUCACAUGCUGACAGUAUCUCGCAGAAAGGUGGUAUGGGAGUAUGGCUCAUGCCCGACUCUAGCCAGAAGGCUCCAAAUCCUGCCAGUGUUGGGCUGGGUUCUUUUGACAUAGGAGAUGAAUGGGUGGAAGAUCCAUUCCAUAUAGAUUACGACCCAAGCAAGAAGGCCUCAGAACCUGCUGAACAUGAGCUUUCCGAAAAGGACCUACGAUUACGUAUUCGUCUCACUGAGCGCAUGAAGAAGCAGCAGGAGGAAGCUGUUCAAGACCCAUGGGCUUUGCAGAAUGAUCACCGAUGGCGACUCUACCGAUUUUGGUUGCGGGAGUUCUGGAAUACAGCUGAUCGACGCCUACGUCUGAUAUCUAAGGAGAUAGAAAACGUAGUUCAACAGCACCGGGUAAAAUCUGAGAAAUCAGAUUUUGUGAUAUACCAGAAUGCUUCCAUACUUGGAGUAACAUCUUCUUGUGCAAUUACGCACCAUCGUAUUCUGAGGUAUGUCCAGCCCAGGAUCAUAAUGAUUCUCCAAGCUGCAGAUGUUAUGGAGGCUGUUGUUAUAGCAUCAUUGUCACAAAACUGCCGACAGUUGAUCAUGAUUGGGGAAAACAAAUCCAUCUUGGAGCAGAAUGCUGCCAUUGCAGCUCUUGCAAGAACAGGUGGUGUGAUGUUGUCCUCCUUCUGUCGGUUCAUUGAGGGAAAGUAUGCCACUUCAAGAUUAACAAGGCAACAUCGCAUGGCACCCGCUAUCUCCAGGUUCAUCAAACUGGACAACAAAGAGCUUGAAGACCAUCCCCAGGUGACAAGACUUGAUGAAGUGCAAGGAAUUCCCCGUCGGGUUUACCUCAUGAAUCAUGGUUUGCCACGUUUCAAUGCAAGUACGCAUGAGUUUGAGUUUCUAUCAAAGCUCUGUGUGUACCUACUUAAGCAAGGACAUCUGGAAAGUGAGAUUAGCAUCCUUUCCACUUCUGUUGGGCUACGUGAUCGUUUCAGGAAGAUUAAGGAAUUGUCUAAGGUCAGUUCUGAACUGGUAGAUGAUUUCCUCGGAGAUAAUGAUAUCAUAUUGUUGGCCACUUUCCAGAUGGAUGAACCUGGACGUCUCAAAACAAAGGAUCGGUUGAUAAAGGCUCUUUCAGUGGCAAAAAAAGGUUUCUACGCAGUCGGCAAUUUUGAUUUACUUCGUACGCAAUGUGAUCAAGUACUUCAAGAUGCUGAACGUCUGGAAGCGUUGGGCAAGCAACUACCUUUGACUUGCCGCUAUCAUGAGAACCAACAUGAUGUUGCUACGAAAGCAGCAGAUAUCCAGAAGCGGAUCGAUACUGGUGGAUGCAGUCGUGAGUGUAUGGCACGUCUACUGUGUGGCCAUAGCUGUAAGCAACCAUGCCAUAAGCACAACAAUAAGAAUUUAGGUGAUUAUAGGUGCGAGCAGCAAUGUCAAAAGUCUAUAUGCCCUGCCGGACAUAAAUGCACCAAGAAGUGCUUUGAGAAAUGCGACAAAAAAUGCAACAAAACAUCAGAGAGGACCUUGCAGUGUGGUCAUAAACAGGUGACGGAAUGUUCCCUAGCCAUCAGUAAAAUCAAGUGUCGAAGUCCUUGUGAGAAGAUGCUGCCAUGUGGACAUCCUUGUCGAAAUGCCUGUGGGGAACCAUGUGCUUCACUCUGUCUGGAAAUGGUGGAGAGAGAAUGGCCAUGCAACCAUACAGUGAAGGUACGAUGUUCAGACACAGAGGAAACGUGUCCCUCUCCAUGUCUAGAAGAACUCAAGUGUGGACAUCGCUGUCGUGGAACAUGCGGGAGCUGCAUGAGAGGCCGCCUACACAUCUGCUGUGAGGAGCCAUGUGGCCGGAUCUUGGUCUGCGGGCAUCAGUGCAAGAGCAGAUGCUCCACUGCCUGUCCACCUUGCACAGAGAAGUGCCGGAAUAAGUGCAAGCACAGCCGCUGCACCGAUCCCUGCGGGGAACCCUGCAUCCCAUGUCAGGAGCAUUGUGAAUGGCAGUGUCCUCAUCAGGUUUGCCGACGUGCUUGCUGUCAACCGUGUGAUCGAGAACCCUGUAAACAACCAUGCAAGAAAGAACUGCCCUGUGGUCAUGAGUGCAUUGGUCUCUGUGGGGAACCUUGUCCUAAGAAGUGCAGAGUGUGCCACCAUGAUGAAGUCACAGAACUGUUCUUUGGAAAUGAAGACGAACCAGAUGCUAGAUUUGUUGAGCUUGAAGACUGUGGUCAUGUGAUCGAGGUACAGGGAUUAGACAGGUGGAUGAUGUCCUCUGGUGAUGAAACAGACUCAGAGACAGUUAAACUCAAAGGAUGUCCGAGAUGCAACACACCCAUCCGUAAAAACCUCCGUUAUGGAAACGUGAUCAAACGCACCCUUGAAGACAUUGAGGCAGUCAAGAAGAAAAUGAUGGGUAGCAACACGGAGAUCAAGGAGAAGAAACGUCUUCUAAAGAAGAAGAUUGGCCUGCUAGAGAAAAUUGAAGUCAAUGGUCUUUCAGAAGAAGUCAUCAGAAAUUUCCGGGAGAACAUCAAUGAAUGCCACCAUCUGCAGACCUUGGUUUCCCGACUGAACAGAUGCAACUUUAUCCAGGAAGUCAUCAAUAUGCAGUCUCAACUGGAUGGUCUUCGACAGCUCCUAGAUGGAUCGACCGAAACGAAGAUGCACAAGUCACAUCAAGAUAUCAUUAAAUACCGGUGUGAGCCGUUGGCAGAACGGCUUGGCAAGAUGAAGGGGGGACUGUCCUCUGGAGACCUUGGGCGUUUUGCUGAGCAACAAAUGAACGAUACCUUGACGGAAGUGGUCCGUCUGAUCAUGGAGUGUGAUGCCGCAGGCCUCCUUGUCUAUAACUUCAAAUGGUGGGACAAGAACCCCUCGCACCAAGGUCUUCUUAUCGAGUUCGACAGCCUCCUUUCCAACCAGAAACCACUCACACCCGACCGGGAGAAUGAGAUCAAAGGAAUUUUAACACGUAUCAACAUGGUUCUUGGUCAUUCGCAGAAUACGGCCUUGGCCAUCAGUGACAGGGAGCGAUUGCAGGUGGUCCAUGCAGUUGGAUUAAGCCAAGGCCAUUGGUUCAAGUGUAAAGAAGGUCAUGUCUAUGCCAUUGGUGAAUGCGGUGGUGCCAUGGAACAUGCACGCUGUCCUGAAUGCGGUUCCGUCAUCGGUGGACAGCGCCAUCGCCUGACCGACACCAAUGACCUUGCUGGAGAGAUGGAUCGAGCUCAGCAUGCUGCUUGGUCAAAGGGAGGGCAACAGUGAGGCCUUCAAGUAAACAAAUUAGAACCGUAUCAUUCCUGAUACUCAUGCUUUCAAUUUGUAGAUACAUAUUCAUUUUUCUGUAAUCUAUGUGUAUGAUUCACAAAAUAUUUGGUCUUUUUUGGAGAGCACAAGCAAAUGAUUACCAUUGGUGAAAAUAAUGGGACUAGCAAUCAAUUCCGAGGCAAUUAUAAUACGCUAUAAUUCCAAAAUGAUGCAUCGAGUGAUUGUUUAUCCCAUCCACUGAAAACAGUGCAUUAUUUGCUUUAUAUUCCACGUUGGAAACUAUCCGGUUAUAGAAGGAAAAGGGAUCAUAUAUCCAGCAAAAUUACAAGGCAGGAUUUGUUUCGAUACAUUGAGGAAACAAAAUAAGUACAGUAGCUGCAGUAACAAACUCCUUGAUUGCUUUAGUGUCUAGUAGUAAUGCAGCUGCGAUUAAGAUUACGAUACAUUAUACCAGGCAUGGAAAACUCUAUGAUUAUUGUUAUGGAGAUACACUGCAAUGGGCUACAUGAAAUACUUAGCGCACUAUUCGGUAUGCUGUAUAGCCAAACUUUUUGUGUAUAGGUACAUGUAUAGCGUUAACAGGUUUUUGAUUUCUUUUUUUUUUCAAUGUUUUCACUCCUCUAAAUGUACAUGUUAUCAAAGUGGAAAAUUUCUGAAGUUCGUCCUUGCCCUAAGGCUGGGGAUUUCCCUGAAAUACACCUGCUGCUAAUGGAGUAGUUUUCAUUCAUUGGCAACGGUUCUACACUCUCCAAAUUGAUUUUUUUUUAUGUAUAACAUGAAUCAAAGUAAAAGAUUCAGUGGAGAGAUAUUUCAUAAAAGAUGAAAUAACUCUGGUUUAAAUUGUGCAGUUGAAUUUUAUGAAUAGAUAUAUUGCAAUAAAUAUGUAAAAUAUAUAUUUACCCAUAUGUGUACAUAAAAGAGUUUUUUUUUUUUUUUGUUAUCUUAGAGAAAAGUUCAUUUAACUUACAUUUCAAUCUCACUUUAUGUUUGAAGAAUACCUGAAAUCACGUUCUUAAUUGUCAUGAUUAUUGUACAUAGUAUUUG